CGAAGAAGAAAAUCGUUGCCUGUGGGUCAAAGUUCAGCUAGCUUGUCACAGCUAGCACAGUGGCUAACAUCACCCCAAUAAGACAGCUACCUCUGUCAAAAUGGACGUGAAUCAGGCGAAACAGGAACAUUUACUCGCAUUAAAAGUGAUGCGGUUAACCAAACCGACUCUCUUCACAAACUUGCCGGUCACAUGUGAAGAUCGAGAUUUGCCAGGGGAUUUGUUUGGUCAACUUAUGAGGGAGGAUCCCUCCACCAUCAAAGGAGCAGAAACAUUAAUGCUGGGAGAGAUGCUGACAUUACCACAGAACUUUGGAAACAUUUUCCUCGGUGAGACUUUCUCCAGUUACAUAAGUGUGCAUAAUGACAGCAGUCAAGUUGUAAAAGACAUUCUUGUGAAGGCUGAUCUACAGACGAGCUCACAGAGGCUCAAUCUCUCUGCAUCAAACUCGGCAGUAGCAGAACUCAAACCUGAAUGCUGCAUCGACGACGUUAUCCACCACGAAGUCAAAGAAAUUGGAACACAUAUCUUAGUUUGUGCAGUCAGUUACACCACUCACUACGGAGAGAAGCUCUAUUUUCGGAAGUUCUUCAAAUUCCAGGUUUUGAAGCCGCUGGAUGUGAAGACAAAGUUCUACAAUGCAGAGAGUGACCUCAGUUCUGUGACAGAUGAAGUGUUUCUGGAAGCUCAGAUCCAGAACAUCACCACGUCACCAAUGUUCAUGGAGAAAGUUUCUCUCGAGCCUUCCAUGAUGUACAACGUCACAGAGCUCAACAUGGUCACAUCUGGAGAUCAGGGAGAGUCCACAUUUGGGAAAAUGUCUUACCUGCAGCCCAUGGACACACGACAGUAUUUGUACUGUUUGAAACCGAAGCCGGAGUACGCGGAGAAGGCCGGCAUCAUCAAGGGAGUGACGGUGAUAGGAAAGCUUGACAUUGUCUGGAAGACCAAUCUCGGGGAGAGGGGGAGGCUGCAGACCAGUCAGCUGCAAAGAAUGGCUCCGGGGUACGGAGAUAUCCGGCUGUCUUUGGAGAUGAUACCCGACACUGUCAACCUUGAAGAACCCUUUGACAUCAUCUGUAAAAUCACCAACUGCAGUGAAAGAACAAUGGACCUGGUGCUGGAGAUGUGUAACACCAGGUCGAUCCACUGGUGUGGAAUAUCAGGCCGACAGCUGGGGAAACUCAGUCCUGGUGGCUUCCUCUCUUUGCCCCUCACAGUCCUCUCAUCCGUCCAGGGUCUGCAGAGUAUUUCUGGAUUAAGACUCACAGACACAUUUCUGAAGAGGACGUAUGAAUAUGACGACAUUGCACAAGUGUGUGUUGUCUGCCCGUUUACGAGCAACGAGUCCUAGAAAUUUUAUUGACAUUUUUGACAUUUUAGAUAUGAAUGGACCAACUGUGCAAUUCUGCACGACACUGAUAUUUCACUCUUUUUGCAAGCUAAGGGGAUAAUACUGUAUUUUAAAAUGAAUUGUGAAUAAUAUAAAUCACUCUCUCUGAAAAUAUUACUGUAAAUGUGCAGAAAUGUUAAUAAAAUCUCUGUAAUCUUUGA